UGGCGGUAAUGCACCAAGAGGUUGUUUGCUAACCGCUAUUAAAACUCAAAAGAAGUCUAAUCGCCGUAGAGUUCAUGGCUGCCGGUCAAAGUGAAACGCUAGUUGUAUGUGAUGAACUCAGGACGUUUCAGCAGUCGUGGGAGGAAGAAUUUGCGUUUGUGGAGCUGCAGACAAACGUGGACAUGAUCAAACCUCUGGUGAAGGCAGCAUCCCGCCCCGGGUGUAGUGCAGAGCUCGGGGGCUUUGCUGGGCUGUUUGACCUGAAGGCUGCAGGAUUUGGGACAGAUGGAGUUGGGACCAAGCUGAAGAUGGUCCAGGCCUGCAGGCAGCUUGACGGUCUUGGUCAGGACCUGGUGGCCAUGUGUGUGAACGAUGUUCUCGCUCAGGCUGUCGAGCCGCUCUUCUUCCUCCGUGACUUUACCUGCAUCAGGCUGGACAUCGAUGUAGCCGCCUCAGUGGUCAGCGGCAUCGCAAAGGCCUGUGAGAAGGCUGGAUGUGCUCUGCUGGGUAACCAUUACCUGAGUCAUGUCAUGUUUAGUAUUUGCUAACACCUUUUUCCUAGAUAAUAAACACUUAAAUGUAUAUGUAGCUGUAGUAUCUGUCUGUGCCACCAGCUGGAGCCUUUUGCGGUUUAAUUUUGUAGCAACAAGGGCAGGUGGGUAGUUCCAUGCUGGCAACUAAAACCCACCUUGUUUCCACGUGUCCAUAAAUCUGUAUAAUAAGUGGACUACGCCCCCUGAUGUUCAACACAAGGGAUAAACCUAAGCACAGUUGUCUCAUCAGUUUUUACUGUCCAGUUGCAGGAUGUACAAAGAAAUACAAUAUAUGUAUGUUCUGUAAACUAACUCCACUAUUUUAUGAUGACACAUUUACACAAUUUACUGUCAACAUAGUUAAACUACUCAAUAGUAAUUAAUUUUUUCCACUUCCUGGUCCAACAGACGGCAGAGUUUUGCAAACAUGACAUUCCCAUCAGCCUUAUUUGUGUUUAGUGCUAAUUAUAAAAUGUUAGCAAGGUGUUAAACAUUUCGUGUAAAGAUAUUUCUUUAAGAAAAAAGAUAAAUUAAUGCCUAUUCAGGUCUUAACUGUAAAAAAAAAAAAAAAAAAAAAAAACCUGAUCGAAACUAAAUAAUUUCCACAUCUAAAAAUCUAACCACUAAAUUCAAAUAAUUAGUAAAUAAUUUCUAGGUAUUUGCCUUUUUUGAAAGAAUUAUGUAUAUGAAAUUUAGUGUGUUUUUUUUUUUGCAAUUUUUCCCAUGUAUUGCUAAUGUCCCCUUGUGGGACUAAUAAAGGAUAUUCUGUUCAGUUCUGUUCUAUUAAUUACAGAUAAUAUCUCAUGAAAUCUCUGGAAAAGUAUUAAAUGACACUUAGAGUGUGAAUAUAUAUAUGUAUAUUAUAACAUAAUUUAUUUCUUGCAAUAUUUUACCAUAUUGCACUUUGUGCUAUAUUUAAAUCAUCAAAAAUAUUGCUAUUUUGCAGAUAUUUGUUGUCUUUUUACAGAAAGAUUACCUAUAUGAAUGAAUAAAAACUGGAAAAAUAUUUUUAAAGUUAUUUUGCAAAAUUUUCCUGUUCUGUUUAAUUAAAGAUAAUAGUAAAAAUCUAAUAAAAUCUUAGAAAAUAAAAAGUGACAUGCUGACUGCUGGAUCCCUCAAUUUCAUUUCAGAUUGCUGAAAUAUAUUUUGUUUUGAUUUUGACUGUAAAAAAGAACAAUAAAAUUAUACCAUCAUUUUGAAUAACUGUCAUAACGUCAUAAAGUCUGUAUUUUUAAAGAAGUAGUGCUAAGUAAAAAAAAUUAUAAUGUAGUAAAAUAUUACAUAAGAUAAUGAAUUACUGCACAUUAUAAUACCACGCUGUACAUGAAAGUUAAAUAUUGUACAUGUAAUUAUAAUAUUUCACCCAAAAUUGAAAUAUUACACAUUUACAUCAAAUUGUGCAAACUGUUGCAUUGUGGGUAAUGUAGGCGUUGGGUUUUGACAGAGAAGAAAGAUGUGUAGGAAAACAAAUAUAUCUCUGGUUCUGCUUUAUCGAUUUUGAUUCUUUAUUGUAAAUAUUUCUAAAACAUCAGUACAAAAAUGUUGCAGAAAUGCAGAGUAGAAGUGAAGACCUUGUUCAACUGAAACUUAAAUUCCACUUAAAAUCUAUAUUUUUACUAGAAAGAAUGCUCCUGUAGAUUUAGUAAACUACAAGUGAUGAACAAAACUGGCACCAAAUAUAAGAAAAUGGAGACUUUUCUUAGCAGUAGCUGCUGGUAAUCAUAUACAGUAGAUAAAAUCACAUAUAAUACAUGAGGUCAGAGUUUUCUGAGGAAAACAUGGUGGAUUCAUGUGUUUCU